AUGUUCAGACAAGGUUUGCUCUCACUCUCCUCAUCAUUAAAAACCGUCUCGGGUUCUUCAAAUUUGUUCGCUCGAGGCUUUUCCAAGCAAUUAUCUGGUGUUGUUGCUUUAAAUUCCUCCCAAUCAUCUCUUCUUCAAUUUACAUCAUCACUCAAUGUUCAACAAACUAGAUGUUAUGCCAUCCCUAGAAAAGUUAGAACUAAACUCUGGUAUGAACAACAGGAAAAGGAAAAAGUGGACGGAAAGGGUAGAAUUAAAUAUGCUAGACAACAACCUGAAGUUAACAAUACUUUUAUUCUUCAACAAUUGUCUGUUCUGAAGAAGAAUCGUAAUUGGAAGAGAGCAUACACUAUCUUUAAGAGAAUCUCAGAAACCAAGGCCAGACCAAAGGCUGAAGUUUUUCAAAUGUUGUUGUACACAAUCGGAUAUAGAGGAGGUCAAAUGAAAGAAGCUUUUGAAGUUUUUAAUUACAUGAAAAAAUGCCAAAAGGAUGUUAAAUCAUACAAUGUUAUGCUCCACGCUUGUUCAAAGUAUCCAGUUGAAAUGAAUACAUAUAUUCGGGAUCAUGAUGAAACAACAAAUUCAUUCAACACUGCUGUUAAAAUAUAUAAUGAAAUCAAGGAACGUAAGAUUACGUCGUUCACCAUUUCCUACAUGGCCAAGUGUGUUGAAAGUGCUGUUCAACAAAAUCUCUUGGAUGAAGCUGGUAAACAAGAAUGGAUUCAAACUCUCCAACAAGAUGGUGAAGCAUUCCUCCAAAAUCCAAAUGUUCAAAAAGCAUUGACACAAGCUGCUCAAGCUGUUUCCACUGUUGUUGAAAAAGUUGAACCUGUUGCCGAACAAAAACAACAAGCCUAA